AUGAGUAAUGAAAUAGAAGAAAAAAAAGAUACAGAUGUUUUUAAUAUUUUAAAUAAACUCAUUUCAGAGCAGCAAAGAAAACGAAUAUCAACUGUUUCUAAACAAGAUUAUACAUUUUCUGCAGAAAAUUCUAUUAGUUUUAAAAAUGAUGAUUUGAAAAAAUCUACAUUCUAUUCUCCAAACUUUAUCGUAAAGCCACAUGUUGAUCCGACAUCUAUUGAAACAUAUCCAAAUGCAUUGCGUUAUAUUAUACAAUUAACUCUCUGGGAUCCAUCUAUAUUAAAAAAAAUUAAAGAAAUGGUAGAAGAACAAGCAAGUUAUGAAGAAAAAUGGUUAAAAGAUAGACAAAUAUUGAUCGAAAAUUUAAAGAACAAACAAAAAGCAAAUAUAAUUGUUUCACGCUUAACUGGUGAAGAAGAAAAGGAAUUUGAAGAAACAAUAGAACAUGAACUUCUUUUAUAUGAUUUAAAGGUACAUAGAGCUAUACAGGAGAUGUCUAAAAUACAAGAAAAAGAACUCCAGAGACUCGGAAUACCUUUUUUUGUCAACACAAAAGAUAAAAUAAACACAGAAAAUAAAAAAAAAGUUAUUCAACUUCUCAAGGAUCUCGUUUCCGAAUAGAAAAUAAUAAAUCUUAUUUAUUAAAUUAAAAAUGCUUUUGGU